GCCGAGCCGCGUGUGUCCCGAGCGGCCGCAGAGGUGGGCGCAGGCCCGGGGUCGCCCUGCGCCGGGUGUGGCUCGGGUCGGGCUCCGGGCGGCCGGGACCUCGCCGAGAGCGGCCUCCGGACGCGGCCGCGCAGACCUGGAAGGGGCCGGAGUUGAUGCCCGGGUCGGACGGUCGCCCGCACGGCGGCGGCUGGCAGGUGAGGAAGAAGCCGCAGCGCCUGGGGCCGCAGGUGUGGUCAGCAUGGGCCCCGUGGGGAGGCACAGCCCCGCAUCCCUGCCGGUCCCCGCGGGCGGAUCCUGCCUCAUCCUCCUCUUCUGCCUGCGGCUGGGCGCCCCCUGCCCGCAGAGCUGCCAGUGCCCCGAGCACGCGGGGGCCGUGGCCGUCCACUGCAGCGCCAGGGGCCUGCAGGAGAUCCCCAGGGACAUCCCCGCCAACGCCGUGCUCCUGAAGCUCGACGCCAACAAGAUCGCCCACGUCCCUAACGGAGCCUUCCAGCACCUGAACCAGCUCAGGGAGCUGGACUUGUCCCAGAACACCAUCGAGACCAUCGGCCCCGCCGCCUUCGCCGGCCUGGCCGGGGGCCUGCGGCUGCUGGACCUGUCCCAUAACCGCAUCCGCAGGAUCCCGAAGGACGCCCUGGGCAAGCUCAGCGCCAAGAUCCGCCUGUCCCACAACCCCCUGCACUGCGAGUGUGCCCUGCAGGAGGCCCUGUGGGAGCUGAAGCUGGACCCCGAGUCGGUGGACGAGAUCGCCUGCCACACGGCGGCGCGCGAGGAGUACGUGGGGAAGCCCCUGAUCCAGGCCCUGGACUCCGGUGUCAGCUUCUGCAGCACCCACCACAAGACCACCGACGUGGCCAUGCUGGUCACCAUGUUCGGCUGGUUCGCCAUGGUGAUCACCUACGUCGUGUACUACGUGCGUCAGAACCAGGAGGACGCCCGGAAGCACCUGGAGUACCUGAAGUCCCUGCCCAGCGCCCCCGUGGCCAAGGACCCCGUCACCCCCGUGCCCUAGUGCCCGCUGCCUGAAGCAGAGCACCGCCGACCUCGGCCCCGACACUCGGGUAGCAGAUGGCGACCGACCUGUGCUUUCACGGCGGAGCAGGGGACCUCACGGCCCCUCCUGCGCGGCGCCCCACCCCCACGGAGCCCUUCUCGCGCUGCCUUCAAGCCACCCCGCCCCGCUCCAACCCAGAAUAUUACCAUCCGCCCACUUGACGGGCCAGGAAGCCCGAGCCUGAGAAGUGGCAUUGCCCACCACCACUCCGUCGGGCGGCCACCCAGCUGGGACUCCAGCCCGGCCCGUCUGUCCAUGUCCCUUGCGCUCUGCGGCCUCGUCCACGUGGCGCCCCUAGGGUGUGACGGCAUCACGAGAAGAGUGUGGCUCGCCCACGCGCGUGAGGCCUGCCCUGCGGACCGGGGGGUGUAGACUCCUCUGCGGAAGGCACAGAGCAUCCUACACAGCAGGACUCGUUGGCCUUGUCCCCCUGGUAGCGUUCCCCGAGCCCAUCUGACGGCCAGACUGUCUCCAGAGCAUAGUAGAGACCGGGUUACACUCGAGAGGUAAGUGCAACGCGUCCUUCAAACUAAGCUUUGAACGACUUUGUUUAUUCUCGGAGCGUUGGGUAAGGGCAACGCCGGGGCCAACGCCACUCCGGGGAGUGGGGCAAGAACCUAAAGCCCCAGACCCAAGGAAACCACGGACAGAAACGGGAGAAAGGUCCGGAUCACCCAGGGGGCAGCGUCCGCGGCCAGGCCGGUGCCCCUGCCCCCAGGCCCGCCCUGUGUGCCCGGCUUGGGGGCCGCGCAUCCUGGCUCGGGCCGCGCCUUGGCCCCGAAAGCGGCUCCCUCUCAAGGACGGCAGGACCGGCGCUGGGUGUCCAAGGCCCCGCAGCGGGGACUCCGCCUCCCGCCCUCUCUUGGCCUCAGAACUCGCUCGGCGCUCGACUCUUACCUGUGCUGCGUGACCUUCGGGGUGGACGUGACCCCCACCUACCUAACUGCAAGCCGUCUCUCUAGUUUUAUUUUUUGAGGUCUUUUUUAUGAGUGCUUAUUUUUAAAUUGCUUCGAAUGUCCGGGGAGGGGGAGGCACACAUUGGGAUAAAUUGCUUAUGAGCUUAAGGUGUACAGGUCACAAGAGGUUUGCACCUGGAGAGCGUCACGCGACCUGAAGUGGGCCGUGAACACGGGAUCCUGUCUGCGCGGAUGCAGAGACCCAGACCCCACAGUGGACACCCCCAAAGGCCCAUCCAAACGAGGAAGGUCCUGACUUCGCCAAUCAUGGUGGAUUAAAAAGGAACGACUGACAGGUCCCAAAUACCCUCCCGCGCCCAUCACCCAGACCAGGUGUGGGGGGACAGGAGGCAGGGCCCGGUGACACCCCCGUGGCCUGUCCCUCUCCUGGGCGCAGGUAAGCACUGCCGCUGGCCGAGCAGCAGGGCGCACAGGCUCCUUGGGCGGUUUGGUCCUCCUUCCCCAUCCAUCCCAGGGUGCACGCUGUGGGGAGAGGGCCCUGCCCCCCCCACCCAAGGAGCUCACCACCCAUGGCUGUGCCCAACGGAGGGGACCCGACAGAGGUGCGGGGGCAGAUGCCAGGGUCCUGCGGCUGCCACUCAUGUCUGGGGGUGCCUCUCCUUCACGUGGGGAGCCUUAGCCCUGUGGGGGCCCUGUCACGCUGCCGCGGAGCUCCUCAUUUCCUCUAUCACCAGAAUUAGCCCAAAGCCUGGCUUCCACCCAAACACAGCCCUUCAGGGGUGCAUGGGGAGUGUGGAGGGGCCUCUUCCCUCCCGGCCCCUUUCCAAGGACCCUGGACACACCAGAAGGGUCCUCUCCCUAUCACCCUGAGCCCAGAGUCGGGCUGCCGGGCCCUCCUUCUGGGCCUUUCUGGGAGCCUCACCCUUCAGGAGUGUCCCCGAGCGGACACCUCCCUCCAGGGAAGACCAGCGGGUCCCUAAACUGCAGGACCACGAAGCUCCCUCCUGCUCCUGGGAGCCUCGCUCUCCUGGGGUACAGCCACCUUCUCCCCCUUUUCCCCUGCCUUUCUCUCCCCCGAGGGACCCCUGGAGAUGACACCUGCCUGGCCCACCCCCUCCUUGUCACCAUGUGUGAGCACAACUUGCUGGACACCCCAUGGGCCCUACAGCUGCCUCAGCCCUCACCCCUGCGCCGAUGGGUAGCUGACCCCGUCUUAAAUCUGCGGGGGCUGCGUGGGGUCAGGCUGGUCUCAUUGAGGAAAUCAGUGUUGACAGUGUCCAGCACAUGACAAAAGGGGUGCCUCAGUUGGCCCAUCUGUCCAGGGCAGCGGGGUCACAGCCUUAUGGGACAUGGGUGGCCCCCGGCUCUCAUGUGAUACAGAUAAGGGACCUUCAACACUUUAUGUGCACACACGGCCUGGUGUGCAAAGCCCUUUUGUCAUGGGAGGUGACACUUCACAAGGCUGAAGUCAGGGCAGGGUGACUUUGGGGCUUCCUGUGGGAACAGAUACCCCAACUUGGGGUGGGGACUGGGCCUCACCUCCUUCCCAUGGGGGUCAGUGGUGGGGAUCUGGCUUCCAGGGAGGCCUUAGGGCCAGAGGGGUAGGGGUCCA